AUGCGUUUCUCUAUCGUCUUCACUACCCUCUCGGCCAUUGCCCUGGCCAGUGCCCAGAGCAGUGCCUCCGUCGAGACCGUUGACAACCCUGCCACUCAGUACCUGACCCAGACAAACUCUCUCGGCGUGGUGACUGGCCAACCUGAAGCCGUCACUACUCAACCCACUGCUGUCACCAGCCAGGCCGCUGCCGUGACCUCACAGCAGCCCGCCGCCUCUAUUCCUGCUGGCCUGACCUCGCCCGUCGCCGGCCCCGGCGCCACCCACACCACUUUGUCCACUGCCUCUAGCAGCGCUGGCACUGACACCGGCUCCUCUGCUACCGGCACCUCUGCUACCGGCACUGAGACCUCAGCCUCCUCCAACGCCACUGGUACCUCCACCAGCACCUCCGACUCCUCCGAGUCCUCGUCCAGCUCUGGCUCUGGCUCUAGCUCCAGCUCGUCUGCUUCUGCUUCCAGAUCAGUCUCUACCGGCGGUGCUGCUAUGGCCACCGCUGGCCCCGUCGGUCUCGGCAUGGUUGCCGGUGCUGCUCUUGUUGCUUUCCUGUAA